AUGCACAGAUUGGCGGGAACAUCUGUCUCGAACGCCGCUGCCAAAUCUGUGCCGUAUCGUAAACACUCGUCCGCUGAUCUGAGAUCUGCUGACCCUGAGCGCCCGCUGAAGGACGGCUCGUCCUUGUGCUCCGUUAUCGCUUACAGAUAUUCUGGUUCUCUCAGACAGGAGUGUGUGGCCACCGAGGAAAACCCGCAGGUGUUCUUCUGCUGCUGCGAAGGCAACUUCUGCAACGAGAGGUUCACGCACCUGCCUGACGUCGGCGGACCAGUGAUCGAGCCUCCUCCGCCGGCGCCGGUGCUCCUGAACCUGCUGGUUUGUUCUCUGCUGCCCGUCACGAUGCUCUCGAUGGCGCUGCUGCUGUGCUUCUGGAUGUACCGGCACCGCAAGCCUCCUUACGGACACGUGGACAUCAACGAGGAUCCGGGUGCGUCUCCUCCCUCGCCGCUGCUGGGUCUGAAGCCUCUUCAGCUGCUGGAGGUUAAAGCUCGAGGACGCUUCGGCUGCGUCUGGAAAGCUCAGAUGAUGAAUGAUUAUGUAGCCGUGAAGAUCUUCCCCAUUCAGGACAAGCAGUCGUGGCAGAACGAGCGCGACAUGUUCUCCACGCCGGGCAUGAAGCACGAGAACCUGCUGCACUUCAUCGCCGCCGAGAAACGCGGAAGCAACCUGGAGACGGAGUUCUGGCUCAUCACAGAGUUUCAUGAGCGGGGCUCGCUGACGGACUAUCUGAAGGGGAGCGUGCUGAGCUGGACGGAUCUGUGUCACAUCGCCGAGACGAUGGCCUGCGGUCUGGCGUAUCUUCACGAGGACGUGCCUCGCUGUAAAGGAGAAGGUCCUAAACCGGCCAUCGCUCACAGAGACUUCAAGAGCAAGAACGUGAUGCUGAAGGCGGAUCUGUCGGCGGUGCUGGGGGACUUGGGGCUGGCGGUGCGCUUCGAGCCGGGGAAGCCUCCGGGAGACACACACGGUCAGGUCGGGACGUGGCGCUACAUGGCUCCGGAGGUGCUGGAGGGGGCCAUUAACUUCCAGCGGGACGCCUUCCUGCGGAUAGACAUGUACGCCGUGGGGCUGGUGCUGUGGGAGCUGGUGUCGCGCUGCAAAGCUGCAGACGGUCCUGUAGACGAGUACAUGCUGCCGUUUGAGGAGGAGAUCGGCCAGCAUCCGUCUCUGGAGGAUCUUCAGGAUCUGGUGGUUCAUAAGAAGAUGAGGCCUGCGUUUAAAGACUGCUGGCUCAAGCAUUCAGGUCUGGCGCAGUUGUGCGAGACGAUCGAGGAGUGCUGGGAUCACGACGCGGAGGCGCGGUUAUCAGCCGGCUGCGUGGAGGAGCGAAUCUCUCAGAUCCGCCGCCUGGCGAGCGUCACUACCUCAGACUGCCUGCUUUCCACCGUCACCUCGCUCACCAACGUGGACCUGCCUCCCAAAGAGUCCAGCAUCUGACCCUCGUCUUUCCAAACUCAGAGAAUCUCAAACCACAUCGAAGCAGCUGCUAUUUUAUCCUAGCGUUUUUUUUUUUGAACUUUAUUAUUAUUAUUGUUGUUAUUAUUGUUGUUGUUAUUUUUCUGAUCGGAUCAGUAACUACCAGCACACUUCUCUACUGUAUUUUUUAUCAUCAGAGCAAACGCAGAAGAUUUUUAAACAUGCAUUCAGGUGCCGACAAAUGAAUGCUGACCGGUGCACGUACCUCGACGUUUUCAGUUCUGCCGAUUCCGUUGAUUUUUCUCGCUCAUCUUCUUCUGGUUUUUCCGUUCGGAUCGACGAGCAACCAGUUCAUCUGAAGAUUCAACAGUGCUGCAAACCCCGCGAGGAUCAUGAUGACUGUUACACGCGCAACCCGACCUCCUCGCCGGGAUUUCGCUUUUUAUUUCUCUCUCUCUUUUUCUUUCCAACAGUGUGCUGUUUGGAAUUACGGAAAACGUGUCUUUUACGGAACUAACGGGUGUUGAGGAACACAACGGAGAAGACAUCUGGACUAAUUCCUUUUUCUUUCUUUAUUUCUUUUGUUUCGGGUUUUAUUUUGUGGUGGGCUUUUAUCGAGUGGAUAUGGCUGGAAACUCUUGCAUGUGGAAAUAUGGGAGGUUUGGUACGGAAAUCUUUCUCAGGUAUCCAGUGUCAAGGGGUCCAUGACUGCCUUUCCCACGUCAUUACAGGACAGAGAGAAAUAUAGCCCUGAUGAAUUUAACACUAAACAUGCAAGACCGAGUGAGUGUGUGUGCGCGAGUGAGUGAGUGAGUGUGUGCGUGUUUGGUGCUGAGAGUUUGUUGAAAAUAGAAAAAAAGACCAUAAAAAGUUUGGCCCGUAUGAACGUAAGUGUUGGUUUUUCCUGUCUAGUUUCUCUUGUAAUAAUGCAACAUGUGUUUUGGACUCAGAAGGGUGAAAUUCUGGGUCAGAACCCCCCGAAAUCAA